ACAUUGUUCAGGACACGUUCGGCGCUAAAAGAUAGGCGCGGCCCAAAAUUGUUUUUCAAGUUUCUGUCCAAUGAUAGAAAACAUCACGUCGACACGUCCAUAGCUAUUGGUUCGUGCUAAUAAAGAUUAUGCUAAUAAGGGCCCUAAUAAGGGCAAAUUUGCUAUAAAAGACGGAGAGGGAGCGUCGUUUUCCCCACACCUUGGCGACGGGACGACACGAAGCCGACCACAUCUCAUUAACUGUCUUCAACUUCUAGAAGUCAACUUUUGACAACUCCGACUCCAGACGAUUCCACCAGUGGUUACCUGAGACAACUUAACUCAACACGGCAAUAAUUAUGCCUCUUCCAACUACCCACGAGUUGCACAUCUUUGGUUCCUUCAAUGGUGUGGAGUUUGACUUGGUGGGCCGUGGCGAAGGUAAUCCAAAGGAUGGGUCUCAGAACCUACACCUGAAGUCCACCAAGGGUGCCCUCCAGUUCUCCCCAUGGAUGCUGGUCCCUCACAUCGGGUACGGCUUCUACCAGUACCUGCCUUACCCGGACGGCGAAAUGUCGCCUUACCAGGCCGCCAUGUAUGGUGGCUCAGGGUACCUAAUGCAUCGCACAAUGCAGUAUGAAGACGGUGCCAAGAUUAGUGGCCACUACAAAUACACCUACGUGGGAAGCCACGUGAAAGGAGAAUUUCAGCUCAUUGGGACCGGAUUCCCUACUGACGGUCCUGUGAUGACCAACAAGCUCACCGCUGCGGACUGGUGCGUGGACAAGUUGCUGUACCCCAACGACAAGACCAUUAUCAGCAAGUUCGACUGGAGCUACACCACUACCGAUGGCAAACGCUACCAAGCCAAGGUGCAGACAAACUUCGACUUCGCUAAGCCGAUGGCGGCCAACUACCUGCAGAAGCAGCCGAUGUUCGUGUUCCGUAAGGUUGAGCUCGAGCACUCCAAGACCGAGGUCAAAUUCAAGCAGUGGCAGAAAGCAUUCCACGAUAUCAUGUGAGCAUCCGAUGUGUAACAUUUGAUUGACAACACCCUAAAAAAACACCAUACACUAUUUUCU